AUGGCCGAUCAUAUAGGUGGAUCAGGCUUGCCCGACGAGAACCGGGGGCCUGUGAUCCUCGCCGCGACGUCCAUUGUGACGAUAUCCGCUUUGCUGACUGUCCUGGCGCGCAUGUAUGUGCGCGUAUUCAUGAUUCGCAAUGUCGGCGCUGAUGAUUAUACGAUGGCCUUGACCAUGGUGCUGUCCCUUGCAGGCUGGGCCAUCAUCAUUCCUGAAGUCGUCUACGGUGCCGGGCGACAUACAGCCUACGUGAUGGACACGGCGGUCAAGGCGAACCAGCUGAAUUUUGCGACGCAGGGCAUAUAUAUGUGGGCGAUUGGGUUGGUUAAGGUGUCUAUUGGGCUGUUUCUGCUGCGAUUUACGCCGAGGAGGGGCUAUAGGGUUUUCAUCUGGGCGAUUAUCGUGUUCAUGUCGUUAUAUACGACGAUUUGCUUCUUCACUCUCAUCUUUCAAUGCCAAAAUAUCCGGUCGAUAUGGGAUCCAAGCGUCACGUCAAAAUGUUUCAAUCCGACGCAGCUGUUGCAACUGAGCUACACAAACACCGCUCUGAAUAUCCUGACCGACCUGAUUUUCGCCAUACUGCCCGCUUUCAUGCUGCGGCAUCUCCAAGUCAACCGCCGCGUCAAGGCAUCCCUAGUCUGCAUCCUGGGACUGGGAAUAUUUGCCUGCGCUGCGGCGUUCGUCAAACUAUCCAUCCUUCCCAACUACGGCCGCACCGGUGACUUCCUCUGGGACUAUACCGAUCUCACCAUCUGGGUUGUCGUCGAAUGCAACACAGGUAUCAUCGCCGGCAGCCUCCCCACCCUGAAACCCCUCUUCAAACAAGUCCUGGGAAGCUACGGCUCGCAAGGCUCCCACUCCCACUCCCACUACCACUCCCACUCCCGCUCCCGCUCCCGCACGAGAAACUACUCACGCGGCACGCGGCACAAACUGCGCUCCCUGUCGCGGCAGCACAAGUCCAAGGCGCAGACGCUGGGUAGCGGCAAUUCCGACGUUGAGGCCAAGACGCAGAGGAUCGGGGAGCUGACGUACCAGUCUGGGUAUGAGACUACGAGUCAUACGUACCCCAGUGGCGAGGGGAGGAACUCGAGUGAUGAGCGUAUCCUGCCGUCUGGAGAGGAGGGGAUCGUCUGCGUGACCGAGGUUCGGGUGUCGCAUUCGUAG